UUCAGCUCCGUUGCUUACCUCGUUUAGGUACGAGGCUAAAUUGCCUUUCCAUUGUUCUAAGGUUGAUCUACCAAUGUUGGAGGAGGUCUAUUUGGACAUUAAUUACAAACAACAACCCGAUAACAUAUACAAUUAUGUUAAUCCUACAACGAUGACUCUGAGAUGUGUUAGGAUGUUUCAUCUACUUGGAAAUGCUAAGAUUGUAGCAUUGACUUUGGACACAGUCAAGGUUCUUGAAAAGUAUCGUGGUCUGAUCGAGGAAAGUCCAUGUCCAUUUCCCUACCUGAAAUGUCUGAAAGUGAUGAAAGGACGUCGAGAAAUUACGACGGUGCUAAGAAGGGUGAUGAACUACUUGACAGAGGGGACUUUGUAUUUUUAUUCAUGGGUGAUGGAGUUACCUCAAGAUGUGACUGUGGUUGAAAAGAAUUCAGAUGAUUUGUUUGAAGACGAAAGUGAUGGACAACAACUCGAACUACUCUUUGGAAUAGAAGAUGAAAUUAUAUGAUUGUCUCAACAUGAUCUAUUGCAAAAGUUUGGAAUGUUGCAAGAGCUUCUUGCGCCCUUUUUGGACAAUCCAAGUUGUAAACAUGACAUCAUGCAUGAAUGUCAAGAAUGUUUUUGCAAUAUAUAUUGAUGAUCGCUUUU